AUGGACGUGACCAUCCAGCACCCCUGGUUCAGACGCCCCUACUUCCCCAGCUACUUCCCCAGCCGGGUCUACGACCAGUUCUUCGGAGAGCACAUUCCCGACGGAGAUAUGUUCUCCCCCUUCUUCUCCAUGUUCUUCAACCGCCCCUUCUACAUGCGCAACUGGAUGGACAGCGGCUUCUCCGAGAUGCGUUCAGAUAAAGAUCGCUUCAUGAUCAACCUGGACGUGAAGCACUUCUCCCCCGAGGAUCUGACAGUCAAGGUGAACGACGACUACGUGGAGGUGCACGGCAGGCAUGAGGAACGACAGGAUGAGCAUGGGUAUGUUUCCAGAGAGUUCUUCCGCAAGUACAAGAUUCCAGCAGGCGUUGACCCCGGAGCGUUCACCUCCUGUCUGUCCUCCGAUGGGGUUCUCAGCAUCUCUGCCCCCCGGAACCUGACGGACGUUCCAGAGCGGAACAUCCCCAUCACCUGUGAUGAGAAGCCUCCAGCGCAGAAGUAG